AUGCUUUCGCUCCCCCUCACUCUUUUCCUUUUCCUCGUAUCAGCGGGCGCGGCGGCGAAGAACAUCAUCGUGUCCAACGAUGAUGGCUGGGCGACCGCUCAGAUCCGCCAAGCGGUCAGCACUCUCGCCGACGCAGGCCACAGCGUUGUGCUCUCCGCCCCUGCGCUCAAUCAGUCGGGCAAGGGUUCCUCGACGAAGACUCCGGCCACCAUGUCCAAGCCUUGCGAAUUCGAUUCGUGUCCUACAGGCUCUCCGGCACAGGGAUACAACGAGACCACCCCUCAUCUCAACUACGUGAAUGGGUAUCCAGUCGAUGCCGCAAGGUACGGGAUACAAACGCUCGCACCACAAUUCUUCAACGGCUCUGCUCCCGACCUCGUAGUGAGUGGACCCAACGUCGGCUUCAAUAUCGGACUUGAGGUCUUCUUCUCCGGCACAGUAGGCGCAGCCUGCGAAGGUGCGCGCAGCGGCAUUCCCGCCGUCGCCUUCUCCGGCACCUCCGGCGCCCAGGUCUCCUACACGACCCUCGAGUCCGACCCGACCGCCGCCUCCUCGCACGCCGCGCAGAUCUACGCGUCCCUCACCUCGACCUUCGUCGCCGCGCUCACGUCCUCCCCCGGCGCGCUCCUGCCCGCGGACACGGUCGUCAACGUGAACUACGCGUCGAUCGACAAGUGCGCGUCGGCGGACGCGUACAAGUUCGUGUUCUCGCGCCUCUUCUGGAACCCGCUCGCGACCGACGCGAAGGCGUGCGGGAAGGAUCACCUCCCGUCGGAGGGCAGCGUCAUCGGGAAGGGCUGCUACGCGAGCGUGAGCGUGAUCGACGCAGGGAGCAAGGUCGAUGCGAACGCGACCAUCCAGGCGGUGGUGUUUGGCCGUCUGCAGACGCUGCCGCUCGCAUGCUUAGAUUAG